AUGCCUGAGGGAGACGACGACCAUGGUUUCUUCCCCUCUGUUCAAUCACACGCUCAUUCUCCCCCACGCUUCGAACAACGUUCCUCGUCGGUCGUUCCUUCCUCCGACUACCAUCCUCUCGAUCGCAUCUCGACCCUCACCUCCACAUCUCAACUGUCGGGACCACUUCUGUCGGCUCUCACAUAUCAACCAGAACACUCGUCUCCGGAGCCUCAAGUUCCUUACAGCAAUAGCCAUAUAGACGAACCUCGUGCCGAGCAAACACCGUCUCCUGAUCCUAGCGAGUUCUAUCGGCCCUACACCAUCAAUGAUGCGCAAAAUAAUUCAGGCCUAGGAAGCCUGCAGCCACCCAUCGAUGUUCGGCCAGGAAUGAGCACUAUCACAUCUGCUCCUCGUUCCCCGGAGUUUUCUCACCAUUUCGGUUCUGCUUCCUACCGCCGCAACAGAUCCACAUCUCGUUCCUUUCAACUACGGUCUGCAUCAGGAGAUUCGAGGACAUCGCCAAGGGACGGCGCUUCUCGUCCACAACCGUCUGGAGGAUUUAUCGGCGCUCGAAAUAGGCAGGCCUCUUUCAAGGACCUGGUAGAACGAUUCAACAAAAACGUCGACGAAGUUCCACCGGUGCCUGGUCGCUCAGCAUCCGCCUUCUCGUCUCGAGCAGCUAGUCCUGCGCCGAGCUUCAGCAACCGCAGUCGUUCUGGGACCCAGACACUCGAGGGUAACCAGCGUCACUCCGACCUGUCUCCCCCGACAUCUUUUCCGCCUAUACUAGCUUACGAUCGACCAGAGCAAUCUCAGUCAAAUCGCUACCAGAACUCCCAAUUUUCAUCUUAUGAAACCUACGGCGGUGUAGGGCAGCCCUCGUGCCAACCAUUGUUUGGAGAGCUUCUGACCCUUGACACCGCCGUGAACGAUCGGCCGGGACAUGGUAUUUUUCAAGCCCAUCCCCGCCGCCGAGGCUCAGAGAGUAGUAUUUCAAGUCCACUCCCUUUGCUUGGCGAUAGUUCUCGACCAGGAGGAGCAUUGGGUCCAGUGAUAUCACCAUCCUCGCCAACGGCUUGGUACUUGGGCUACACUCAUUCCCUAGAAUCCGUUAAUAAGAAUCUCUCUGAAGGUGGUGACCGCAGUCACCGCCGAUCGAGGAGUGACUAUUCCGGGACAACAGUGAAACCUAACGUGACCAGCCCUUUAGCUACCCAGAUGGCUACCGUCACGUUACAAGAUUCAAUCUCCACCAUGAACCCAAAAAGCCCCUACUUUGCAAAGUCUCGUAUCCCUGUGGCAAGCAGGCGGGGAAGUCGAACCUCGGAUUCUUCUACUCGAUCAUCCCCUUCUUCUACACGAACCAGCUCAGCCAUAGGCUUUCACCCAAACAAUAACUCCGCUUCCACCGUUCAAGUGCCGCUACCUCCCAAGGGCGCUAGUCGUCUUCCAAAACCUCUCAAUUUAGCGACAACCGCAACAUUUACAAGUCCAGAGCGCAGGAUACCUGUAUAUAAUAAUGCCAUCAAAUCGCCCAGUCGCGGAAAUUUCAUCCAUAGCCAUGGAAGUCCGCAUCAAGUACCGGAUAAAGGCUCACUCAAGGUGUACGUCUCUGCACCUCCGCCCAAAAUGUCUCCGCCUUUGCGCAGUUCCAGACCACGUCAGCCCGUUUCCGCAGCGAGCACUGCUGCAUCUCGCGCCAAAGUUGUUGACCGGGUUUCUCGUUUUCAGACAUGUGAAAAUGCUGAGGAUACUACACGGACCCCUCGAACUAGGACACGAAAGCCACCAGAGUUGGGUAAUGUCGAUUUUGCCGCUCGACGACAACGGAUUCAGCAAGCUUUCAACAAGUCCGUUCAGGAGACCGUCAAAAAGGAGGAGGAAGCCGCCGAGCGUCGAAGAUUAGCCCGCUACAAGAGAGAUGAGCAAGUGCGAUCAAUGCUCAUUCGUGAGGGCGAGCUUCGAAAGAUGGCUUCAAUGGAGUCUGCAUCGACUCCCAUACAACCACAUGCUAAUAUCGACUUUCCUGGUCCUCAAUCAAGUGCAAUCGAUGAAACUGCUGGUGAAUCUGAUUUCCUCACAACGCUCGACGGUCAGAAUCCGAUCCCAAGUUUGUCUGUGAUUACCAACACCAAUAGUUUGGAUAACAUUCAACACUCAGAAGUCGGUCCUGAACCCCAAUCCAAUCUGGCCGACUCUCCAACAUUGGGUGCAACAACUACAACAAAUAUUCACCCAACUCCCGCUUCUCUUGACCCUUCAGAUAUUCCUCCCUCUUCUGCAGUCACAACAGCCACCCAAGAUAGCGACUCUACCACUUUUGAUCCGGAACCCCAAGCGGGUCUCGACCACCAAGCAUCGCACCGUGACCUUCUCAGUCGCAUCAUGCAACUACGAGAAUCAAGCUCUAGUAGCGAGUGCGAUGAGGAGGAGGAGGAAGAAGAAGAAGAAGAAGAAGAAGAAGAAGAAGACGACGACGACGACGACGAAGACGAAGAUGACAAUGAGCUCUGUGAUGACGAGAAUGACGAGAAAGAGUCAAUCCGCAUCAUGCUCGAUCCCGCCCGAGCUACAUUUUUCUUGGACGGGAUAGAUCACGGUCAGAGCAAUGAUCUUGAAGCCAGUAAGAACACAGGAAGUGACACCACUGGUCAUGACGAUGCCAAUAGAUGGAGUAUGGCAUCCUGGGCUUCUUCCACACGAGAACAACAUUCAAGCCUAGAUAGCCAGUGUGACGCUGAAGAUGAACCGCGACAAUCGGUUGACCAUGGUCGCCAGUCAGUGCCCAAUUGGAACGAUUCGCCUAACGGUUUGCGCCGCCAGGCUACUCUUGACUCUUUCCAUAACAGACCUGCUAAGGGUCUUGGCAUUCACAAACGGCAGCGUUCACACCCCGACAACUUGAUCCGACAGGGUGGUUGGGAUUCUAAACGUGUCACUCAGCUUUACCUACAGGAGUUGGCACGCGGUGGUUUAAGCGAAUCCUUGGAUCGACCAUGGGAAUCCAUUGAACGACAGAAACGGGAUGAACCCCAACAUAAUUCUAACAGUUUAGAAGAAGAUUCAGUCGUCGUACCACGUUUAGGAGAAUUAGCUGCUCAAGAUCGCAUUCCACACCGAGCUAGCUUGAAUCUACGUGAUGACUGGGAAACCGCUUCGCCGUCAAUUGCGGAUUGGAUCCAAGUCGCAGCAGACGAUGAGCCACCAAUCCCACCACCAAAAGAUGACAUUGAAUCCCAGGCUGCGGACAAGAAUUACCAGCUAGGAGGAUCGGUCUCCGUUCCCGAGAUUCCGACCUUGGUAUCUUCACACAGUAGUAACUCAUGGAAUGGACUGGGUCUCGCCAUCCAUGUGCAAACUCCCGUGGAUGAGGCAAAGGUUACUCCCAUUCCACCAAUGCCUUCUUAUAGCCCUCCUCCAGCGCCAAAGGAUGAUGCGGCUUUAGAGCCACAUAUUCCUGCACCACAGUCUGUGUCACCCAGUAUCUACACCAGUCAACCGCCAUCCAGCAAUCUCUCCAGCGACCCAUUUCCCCCAAUCGAAGAACAUCUCCCAGUACGUCAUAGCGAAGACUCAUACCCCACACAGACUGGCUUUACUCCAUCGCCCCCAACUGCGGCCUCGUCUGCUGCUUCUCAGUAUCAUAUUCCUACUCCUGACCUCACGGGAGAGGCUCCAGCUGGCUCACCAACACCAGAACAGAAACAACUGAAGCAACGCCGAAAUGUGAUCAAGGAACUUGUUGACACCGAGUACACGUAUGGGCGUGACAUGAAGGUAGUGGACGACAUCUACAAAGGAACGUCAAGUUCAUGCUUGGACUUAUCCGUGGACGAUGUCAAAAUACUUUUCGCCAACUCCGACCAGAUCGUCCAGUUCUCUAUGAACUUCCUCGAUGCCUUGAAACAGGCAACUAAAAGCGUAUACGUGAUGCCGAAAUCUGCACGGUGGAACAGCAAAAAAGGGCAGCGCAACGGUCGUGCUGAUUCACCAGCGGAUGCACUGAGUUCGACAUCUGGUUUAUCGAACUUGGAACAAGAUCAGCUUACCUUUGUCGGUCAUGUUUUCAUUGAGAAUAUGAGCCAGAUGGAGAAGGUGUACACGGAGUACCUCAAGAACCAUGACGCAGCGAACAAGAAAUUGCAAAUCCUACAGCGUAACCCCAAAGUCGAAAUCUGGUUGAAAGAAUGUCGAGAUUGGGCGGCUGAUCUCACGGAAGCUUGGAACUUGGAUGCCUUACUCGUGAAGCCUGUUCAACGUCUGGUCAAAUAUCCUCUUCUUUUGAACCAAUUGAUACACGCAACGCCUGAAAAUCACCCUGAUCAUACAGCUUUGGUUCAAGCACUACAAGCAGUUACCAAGAUUUCUGUUCGUAUUAACGACCUCAAGAAGCGCGCUGACGUGGUCGGUCAAGUUGUUAGCAACCGAAAGAGAAAGGAAUCCGACGUUCGUUCCGGAUUUUCCAAAGCGUUUGGUCGUCGUACUGAGAAACUCCGACAACAAGUCGGUCUUUCCGAAAUGUACGAGGAUACCGAUUAUAAUGUGCUGGCAAACCGCUUCAACGAGCAUUUCUUCCAGUUGCAGGUCGUCAUGCGGGAUGUUGAAAUGUACACCCGAGAGAUCAAGUCUGGAAUGGAGAGGUUCAACGAUUACAUUGCUGCCAUUCAAGGCUACAUGGAUGUAGCGCAGUCCAACUACACGGAGAUUGAGAGCAAGUGGCAUCGAUUGAGGGUAUUUGUACGGGAGAUUAUGAACGUUGCUCUCCCCGAACAUGUCACAACUGUCCGCAAAGGUGUGAUCGAUCCCAUGUUGACACUGCUCAAGCUAUACGAAGGCCCACAGAAAGUCAUGACCAAGCGAGACAAGAGAUUGCUUGAUUAUGCUCGUUACAAGUCUAUCAUAGACCGCGGCGAUAAACCCGACAAGCGAACCACCGAGCAGGGUGAGCAAUUUUCCGUGCUAAACGACGCCUUGAAGGAUGAGCUCCCGCGACUUUUCACUCUUACUGCAAAACUCAUGGAAGCAUGCUUGAAGAAAUUUGUGUCUAUACAAGAAGGCUGGUACCAGGUCCUUCAACAAAAACUGGGACCUAUUCUCGAUCGCUUCCCGGGGGAUGUCAGUGGCAUCGUUAGUGACUGGUCAGCCGACUUUUCAUUCGCUGAUGCGCAGAUCCUGUCACUUGCGCUUUGCAACGGUACUCUUCUCUCUGAAGCUGGCAACUUGGUUAAUUUCAACGCCCCUCUAGCAGAUGGGCCAACCUCGCCUCGGAGACCCUCUACUGUGACCAGUACUAGCGCUCGUACUACGUCAGGCACCUUUGAUAGUUCACCAAAGGUGUCAUACGAUUUGGGCACUGCCGCAACAUCAAUUCAAUCAUACGGCAUGGAUGGGCACGCUGAUCACAAUCGCUCCCAUUCAUACAUUGGCGGUCGCACCCGUGCUAGCUCAUCUCUUUCUAAUGUUACUCGUGCAGGAGUGGGCGCAGAAUCAGUCAACGGACAAAUUGGAACUGGCACGAUGGCGCAAGCAUUGUCUCCAGGACGACCAAGAACAGAUUCGACCGGUCGUCAAACAGAUUCACUGCAUACUGCUCCUCGCUUGAGUCUCGACAUGCCUUUUAUGCGUGAUUCCUUGCUUCAAGAGACAAGAACAACUGAAACAACUGCGUCACCGGCCCGAUUUUCAGGAUUCUUUUCGUCUGCAAUGCCUAUGUCUGACUCACCAAUGCAAGAAGCGACUGCUCCCCCAGCCCCAGCAGCAAGUGCCAACCCGAACCCUAAAGUCUUGUUCCUUGCGGCCAGUCUUUACGAGUUCAACAUUGACAAAUCACGGCGUGAGGCUGGAUACCCUUACCUCACCUAUACGGAGGGCGAAGUUUUCGAUGUGAUCGCAGAAAAGGGCGAGUUGUGGCUUGCCAAGAACCAAGACGACCCAACUGGCCAGGUUGGCUGGAUAUGGACACAGCAUUUUGCAAAGCUUGGUUGA